AUGCUACGGGCCAGCAACGACAGAACUGACAGCAACAACGAGAGGGGUAUCAGCAGCGGCAACCGCGGCAGCGGCAAAAGACGAAGGAGCGCCCGCAUGCUACAUUUUGACCGUAGUAGCAGCACGUUACGUGACAGCAACAACAACGCAUACAGCAGCAACCAGAGCUGUAGCAGCGGCAACCCCUGGAGCAUCGCUCACGCACAGGGGGGCAGCGACAGCAGCAGCAGCGGCUCAAUGAUAGUAGAAACAACAGAAGCGAUGCAGGAACGCUGUUCGUGGAUGUGGUUGCAGCAGGCAUCUCCAGUGUUGGAGGUGCAGUACCCUGCGUGGUGGGAGUUCCUCACGGUCUUCGGAGAUAAAGCGUUAGCUCUUAUGAGGGAUACUGGAGACGACAGUAGCCACAGCAGCAGCAGAUCUGUGGAGAGUAGGCCAGAGGCAGGGGUGUUGGUUAGCCGCAUCCAAACGAGCAGAUUCACUCAUCUCGCCUGUGACGCUGGCCGCUCCCUACCUUCCUACCCCUUGUUCUCCUGUUCCUCGUCUUCCUCCCCCUCCUCCGGCGGCAUCGGACCUACGGGAACGCUUAGCAAGAGCAGCAGCAAUGACAGCUGCGGGAACACCGCUGGUGAAACGAUUGGCAGACUUACGGGGGGUGACAGCGGCAGCAUCAGCAGCGGGCGCCGCGGAGCAAGGAGACACGUAGAAAUCUUGCUGUCGCGGAUAGCUGCAGGUAGUCGCGGUGUUUCCUGUAGGGGGGAGCCCACUGAUUCUUCCGCUUCGUACGAAUAUCAUGAACCCGAUCCCAGAGAAUUUGCUGCAGCUCGGAACAGUGCGCGGGACAGCCCGGCUGCAGCAAUUCUAGUUCCUGUGUUUGUUGUUCCUGCGCGUUCCUACGUGCAGCGUGCUGUUGAGAGCUCUACUGCUGGUACGGAUCCUCCUGCUGUCAUCAGCUUCGCUGCCACAGAUGCUGCUGCUGCAGCUUCUUCACCAGCUACACAGUCACAUCCAGCAGAAUAUCCACUCGCCUCUACACGGCUGCCUCCAGCACACAACGCGAACGCUUUUAUAUAUCGUUGUCGGAGGCGUCUGGGCCGCAGCCCCGCUGCCAGGUAUUAUCCGGAGGCGUCUGUGGGCUCCGCCGCUGCUGCAACAAGCGAAGAAUUGCGUCGGGGCUCGUCGUUUGCUUGUCUCAGUCGUUCACCAGCUGCUGUCGAUACACCCGCGUGGCUCCCUGUACCCUUUCUCCCUACAAUGUCUGUCUUUCUCACUGCUGCUGCUGGGGUAGCCGAGUCUUCAUCUCCUGCUGCUUCAGUUCCCGAUGCUGCGUCACGCGAGCCUUCAUCUUCUGAUAGUGCUUCAGUGGAGUCCACUGGUGUCUCUGCUGCAGCUGGUGAUGGUGUCUCUGUGGCCAGUAAUGUAGCCUCUUCACCCGUAUAUUCUGGUGCUGCUGCUGUAUCUUCCACGGGAUUUGACUCACAGCCAGAAGAAACAGAAUAUUCUGAAUCAGAGCAAAGCGCAACAGCAAACCCCGGAGGGAGCCGCAGCAGCAGCAGAAGCAGAGGGAGCUGCAGCAGUGGCAGAAGGAGCUGGAGCAGCGGGCAGAAGGAGCUGCAGGAGAAGGACCUGCAGCUGCAGCAGCAGCAGAAGGAGCUGGAGCAGCGGCACAAGGAGCUGCAGGAGAAGCACCAGCAGGAGCAGCAGCGGCAGAAGGUGAUGCAGCAGCUCCUUCCGCUGGUGCUGCAGCUCGCUCCGCUGCUAAUGCAGCUCUUUCCGGGGCUCCAGCAGCUGCCGCAGUGGCAUAACCAGCUGCUGCAAUGCCAGAACACGCUGCGGCAGCAGCAGGGGCAGCUGCUGCAGCAGCAGCAGCAGCAGAAGCAGCAGGAGCAGCAAGGGUCGCUGGAGCAGACCUGUCGAGAGCAGCACCAGCAGCAGCUUCUAGGCCUGCUUCCAGCUGACGGUGGACGAUCUGUGACGAGCAGGCGUGCUGCUGCUUCUGACUCUUCUCCGCCGGGGGGGUAUUCCCCCCAGCAGCAGCGGCCGCCUUCUGCAAGCAUCAGCAGCGGCAGGAGUACCAGCGGUGAACAGAGCUUGAAGCUGGCUAGCCCCAACAGCAACGGGGAAACAGCAACUGUAGGUGAUGUAACGCGAAGUCCUCAUAGCCGUUCACCCCGACGCUGGUCUGCUACGUUCCCAUCGGUAGCAGCAGCAGCAGCAGCAGAAAACCAGCCCUGCCUGCCCCUAAAAGCAUUAGUGAAUGAGACGAAUAACACGGGCGGUGGUCAAAGUCAUCUCCGUAGUCGCAUCUCUACUGCUCCCUUUCAGCCUUUGGGCCGUGGUGUCAGUGGUGGGAAAAGCGGUGGCGACUCUACAAUAGAGUUGAAAAGGAAUAAUAGUAUUGGAAGUCUUCGCAGGCAUUCACCCUCCAGCAGCUUCACACCAACUCUUCCGCAUGGUGACAGUAUUGGCAGUGGUGGAGACAGCAGCAGCAGCAGUUUCAAACGCACCGGCUGUUCCACGCGCAGCAGCGCACCUGAAAAGGACCUGCCUGCCGUCUCCAGCUGCCAGCAUAGUGUAGCACAUGAGAGGAAUGAGAGGAACAGUAAGCCACCAGUCGACCGGCCUCUCCGCACCCGCGGCGCAGGCAACUUACCGCCAGAUAAGUCAUAG